AUGGCCCAUUUAAUACGGCACAAGAUUUCAAGUAAAAUCAUCAGUAUAGUGAACAGCGCGUCACAUAAAUCCGAGGGGAAGGUGAGCGGUGUGUUUGCGCGCCUCGGCUUCCAGGCGGCCACGGAUGAGGAAGCGAUAGCGUUCGCAGAGCGUGAUGGUCUGGAUUACGAGUACAGACAUGGGAUGAGAAUGGACGAAGUAAGGACGAGCGGGGAAAGAGAGGGAAUGGUGGCAGGAGACAGUCAUUACCAAAGACACGGUACUGCCCCCCCAGGAUCCAGAAAAACGAGCGAAUCCAGCGAUGCGCAAGGAGCGCAAGACAAAAUCACAGCAUGGGAUGCGGGCUGGAACGUCACCAAUGCAAUUCAGGGCAUGUUUGUUUUGGGCCUCCCUUAUGCCAUCCUGCACGGUGGCUACCUGGGCCUCUUCCUCAUCAUCUUCGCCGCUGGGGUGUGCUGCUACACAGGCAAGAUCCUCAUUGUGUGCCUCUAUGAGGAGAACGAGGACGGAGAGCUUGUACGUGUGCGAGACACAUAUGUGGACAUCGCGAACGCUUGCUGCGCGCCACGCUUCCCUGUGCUCGGUGGCCAUGUUGUGAAUGUGGCACAAAUCAUUGAGCUGGUGAUGACAUGCAUCCUUUAUGUGGUCAUUAGUGGCAACCUGAUGUAUAACAGCUUUCCAGGCUUGCCCGUGUCACAGAAUGCAUGGUCAGUGUUUGCUGCGGCGGUGCUCAUGCCGUGCGCUUUCCUGAGCAACCUGAAGUCUGUCUCCAAGCUAAGUCUGCUGUGUACAAUUGUACACUUCAUCAUUAAUGUGAUGGUGAUUGCAUUCUGCCUGUCACAUGCACAGGACUGGGCAUGGGACAAGGUCAAGUUCUACAUUGAUGUCAAGAAGUUCCCCAUCUCUAUUGGCAUUGUUGUUUUUAGCUACACAUCACAGAUUUUUCUUCCCUCACUUGAGGGCAACAUGCAGAAGCCUGCUGAGUUCCACUGCAUGUUGGAGUGGACACACAUCGCUGCAUGCAUCCUCAAGGGCCUGUUUGCCCUUGUAGCCUACCUCACAUGGGCUGACGACACAAAAGAGGUGAUCACAGAUAACCUCCCGCCUGGCAUACGGAUGUGGGUGAAUAUCUUUCUGGUGGCCAAGGCAUUGUUCUCCUACCCCUUGCCCUUCUUUGCUGCUGUAGACAUCUUAGAGAAAUCCUUCUUUCAAGAUGGAGAUGGAACCCCAUUCCCAAACUGCUAUGGCACAGAUGGGAGGCUUAAGUCCUGGGGUCUUGCCAUGAGAAUUGGGCUUGUUGUUUUCACCCUUCUCAUGGCUAUCUUUGUCCCGCACUUUGCUCUUCUCAUGGGCCUUACUGGAAGUCUAACUGGUGCUGGACUGUGCUUCCUGUUGCCCUGCUUAUUCCACCUGAAGCUUCUUUGGCGCAAACUUCUAUGGCACGAGGUCUUUUUUGACAUCUCUAUUUGUAUAAUAGGAAGCAUAUGUAGCAUCUCAGGGUUUAUUUACUCCAUUGAAGGGCUCAUUGAGGCCUUUAAGUACAACAUCCCAGAUUAA